GAACUCACGAAUCCGAGUCCGCAGCUUCAGUCAGCUCGUAAGCCUGAAGCCGCGCGGAGAUACUUUCCAUAGGGGUCCUAAAACGCCGACCGAUUCGAGUUCAAUACCAACAAAAAAAAAAACACACUCAUAAAACAAGGAUAUUAUUAACUUAAAGAAAGUAAAUCCCAAGCAUUUAUUACUGUGCCAUAAAAGCGAGUUAGAGCCAAACUUUAAUAACUUUCUGGGCAAAAGGUCAAUUAACCAAAGCGUGCAGUCCAUAAUAUUUGAGUUAACCAAAAAAACGAAACAAAAGUUGUCGAAGUGAAAAGAAUGUGGCUGAAGUUCCAAAAGUACUUUUGAACCUAACCCAAAGAAAAACGAAACAAGUUUAAAUUGCACUGGACUGGCAACUUCCGCUUCCGUUGAGUGCUUCAAUUUCAGUUUAAUGUUAACUCCGACAAAACCCAAAUUGACAAGAACAACAGAGCCAAAAAUAAAAUAAAGUGAACGUAAAACAAGAAACAAACAACGAGAGAAAAGUCUCAAAACAAAGGGAUUCUGGGAGAUAAACUGCAUAAAUCAACGCCGCUGCCAAAGCCAAGAGCAACAAUAACUGGAAGCAAUUAAUUUUAUUCAAACAAGAGCAACAAUAAGGGCGACGACGAGGACAACAAAAAAAUGGAUUACGGCUGGCUGAUGUUUCUGUUCAUCGCACUUUUAAUUGACUACCCAAUCGCAUUCGCCCUGUUUGUCACGGAUAUUAGUGUGCCCGAGAUUGUGGAUUUCCGAGACAAUGUGACCUUAUCCUGCAGUUACGAUAUGCGAGGUCACACACUAAACUCGGUUAAAUGGUACAAGGAUCACGAGGAGUUCUUUAGAUAUUCCCCCUUAGCGAGUCCAAUUUACAUGACAUUUGGGGUGCCAGGACUGCAAGUUCUCGAUGGAAAAUACGUGUGCAAUGAAUCCAGUUGUAGACUAGAUUUAAGUUUACAAGGUGCCAAAUCGACGGGUCUCUACAAAUGCGAAGUUAGCGGCGAUGCUCCUCAUUUUAAGCUGGCGGAUAAGGCGGACAACAUGACGGUGGCAGCUUUGCCCCAGAUCGACCCGCUCAUCGAGAGUUUCAAUUCAAUGUACCGCAUGGAGGAGUUCCUCAGCGCCACCUGCUCCUCGGAUUAUUCCAGUCUGCCAACAAGGCUCACCUGGUACAUCAAUGGCGAACAGCCACUGCUGGGUGAACUGCAUCCCACUACUGACACCAGCAUAGCAGCACAUGAUUAUGUUCUGCGGCGGCAGAGGCUUCAGGUGCACUUCUAUUUGCAGGGACAGCGCUUUUACCAGGCCGGGAAAAUCCUGGAGCUCAAGUGCGUGGCGGAAAUUGAGAAUUAUCCGGAAUUGCGGCGUGAGAAGACGCUCAGUGCGUCGCUGUCGCAGUUCGACAAUUUCAAUAAUCAAAUGCCGCUGAGACAUGCGAAUGCAAACUCUGGCGCGGAACAAAGAAGCAGCCUUUGUGGCAGGACAUUCCUAAUUUCCGCAUUCCUGGCGGCAGUUCUACUAAUUCACUGUUUGCGGCGCUCUUCAUGAACACUGACAUCUAUCAGAGAAUGAAAAUCGAAGGAUGAAUUAAAAUCCGGCGGUUGGGAAUGGAAAACGCCUCGUAUGGCAACUUUGUCAACUAUAUCAUCACGUUAGUUAGUCAGUCAGUUAGUCACCUAGUUAGAUAGUUAGGGUAACAGACAAAGGUAAGACCGCAAACUAGAAAAUAGGGAAAGCUUUUGGGUUGAUGAAUGUAAAUACAAUUUAUGGAGUAAGGACAAAAGUGUUGAUGGUUAAUAAAUGCUCAAGGAAAAAGGAAACAGAAAAGAAAAUCAUAAAGUUGUUUUAAAUUUAUGAAAUAUGUUUUUGUGUUUUGAUUUUUAAUAUUUA